ACGUACAUACAUUGGAGUUGACUACGAAUAUGCGUGUCCAGUUGCAGAAUGAUCCAUCAGCUGAGGUAUUCUCACGACAGUUACUGGAAAUUGGAAACGGUCAGCUGCCAGUCGAUGAGACGUCUAGACAAAUAUCACUUCCCGAUAAUUUUUGUAAUUUAGUUACAUCAAAAGAAGAACUGAUCGAAAAAGUAUUUCCUGACAUUCAGAUAAAUCAUAGAAAUCAUGAUUGGCUCAGUGAACGAGCUAUCCUUGCCGCAAAGAAUAAAGAUGUCUAUCAACUUAAUAAUGUUAUACAAUCCAGUAUUCAAAGUGAUGAAACUACAUAUAAGUCGAUAGACACUGUUGUGGAAGCUGAUGAAGUAGUUAAUUAUCCAACAGAAUUUCUAAACUCACUUGAUCUGCCAGGGAUACCACCACACAUAUUGAAAUUGAAAGUAGGUGUGCCAAUUAUCCUCUUGCGGAAUAUUAAUCAGCCAAAACUCUGCAACGGCACGCGACUUGCAGUUAAGAGAUUAAUGAAUAAUGUAGUGGAAGCAACGAUUUUAACAGGGCCUUUCAAAGGUGAAGAUGUCCUCAUUCCUCGAAUACCCACGAUCCCGACCGAUACACCAUUUCAAUUUAAAAGAUUGCAAUUCCCAAUUCGAUUGGCAUUUGCAAUCACAAUCAACAAAGCUCAAGGUCAAUCUUUAGAAUUGUGUGGUCUAGAUUUAGAUGUGGAUUGCUUUCCACAUGGACAACUGUAUGUUGCGUGUUCCCGAGUCGGCAAACCAGAUAGUCUUUAUAUUUACGCAGACAGUGGAAAAACAAAAAAUAUUGUAUAUAAACAAGUAUUGCAAAAUUAAACUUAUAUGAAAUGUAUUCUUUGUUUUUUCUCAUUUCUCAACCAUUCGCAAACAGAGAGUGAGAAUAGGGAAAAAUCUGAGUGCAGAAGAAGGCCUUCCUGUAAAAUUCGGCGUGCCACAAGGAACAGUUCUUGGUUUGAUACUGUACCUCAUCUUUGCCAAUGAGUUGUGCUCACUCGACAUUGGUGGCAAGAUUAUUGUCUUUGCCGACGACACAGCUGUGAUAUUUCAAGGCAACAACUGGAACGAGACUUUCAUAACCGCUGAAUUAGGCAUGGAAAAAAUUACACUUUGGCUCCACAGUAAUAUCCUGACUCUCAAUUCAUCAAAAACUAAAUUUCUAGCAUUUUCACUGACGGACUCCAAAAAACCUGUACGAAAUACAAUCAAGUUACAUCACUGCAAAAUAAAUCGCAUAGACUGCAAUUGUCCAUCAGUAGAACGAACAGAUAAUAUAAAAUAUUUAGGAGUUAUAAUAGACGACUUACUUUGGUGGGACAAACACAUCAUACAGCAAACAACAAAACUCAGGAAACUGGUUUACAGUUUCAUUCAACUCCGACAGAUACUCACACUGGAUACGUUAAAAAUUGUAUAUCACGCAUUGGUAGAGUCAAUAGCAAGAUAUGGAAUCCUGGCAUGGGGAGCUACGUAUUUCUGCCAUAUCAAUCCUGUUUUUAAAGUCCAGAAACUCAUCCUCAGAAUAAUGGGACAGAAACAUCCACUCUACCCUUCAGAUUCUCUAUAUGAAGAGCUCCAACUACUGAGCAUCCGACAAAUUUACAUUCACAAAUUACUCACAUUCAUCAGGAAAAACCCACAGUUCUUUCUCAACAUGGACCACACCCACAGCACGCGAAGAAGGAAUAUUGAUCUAGCAGUCCCCAGGAUGACAACAACUACCGCCCAGAGAACAGUCACAUACUUAGGACCGAAGAUUUACAACAGGCCGCCAAUGGACAUCAAGGAAAUGGUACUGGUUAAUAUAUUUAAAGCAAAAACUAAAACUUGGAUAAUUGAAAAUAGAAUAAAUUAUAGUGAAGACCUUAUUACAAACUAGAUAUUAUGAAUAUUAUUAAUUCAUUUUUUUAUCAAUCCUUUUUAAGAGACUAUUCUCAAAUA